CACGCACUCUACAUAGUGUUGCUACUGAACGCUGUUUCCGACCUUUCUUCUGUAGCUAGCGAAACAAAAUGACUUGCAAACGCAGAAAUGGUGGACGUGCUAAGCAUGGUCGUGGCCAUGUAAAUCCAGUUCGCUGUACUAAUUGUGCACGAUGUGUACCGAAAGACAAAGCAAUCAAGAAGUUUGUUAUUCGUAACAUCGUAGAAGCGGCUGCUGUAAGAGACAUAACUGAAGCUAGCUUUUAUUCUGCAUACCAGCUUCCAAAAUUGUACGCCAAGUUGCACUACUGUGUUUCUUGUGCCAUCCACUCUAAAGUGGUUCGUAACAGGUCUAAAGCAAACCGUCGCAUUAGAACUCCACCAGUCCGCAAUUUCCCAAGGGAUCUUCGUCAGGGACAACAAAACAGGAAAUAAUUGUGCUAUGUAAAUUUUAAAUAAAAAUAAAUAUAAAAUCAA